AUGGACAACAAGACACAGAAGCUCAUCCUGAAGCGGGAAGUGGGACUGAUGGGAGCAGUGUCCCUCAUCGGAGGGACAAUGAUUGGAUCUGGGAUCUUCAUGAGCCCACAGACAGUGCUCUACAACAUCGGCAGCCCCGGGGCCAGCUUGGUGGUGUGGGCAUGCUGCGGUGUGCUGGUGAUACUGGCGUCUUUCUGCUACGCUGAGCUGGGCACUGUUAUAAGAGAAUCAGGGGGGGAGUACAUCUACAUCCUCAAGACUUCAGGUCCAGUCGUCGCCUUCAUGUUAAUCUUCAGCUCUGUGUUAUUUGUGAGACCUGCUUCUAUUGCUGGCAUCGCACUGAGUUUUGCUCAGUAUGUCGUGGCUCCUUUCUACUUGGACUGCACCCCUCCAGUGCUGCUGGUGAAGUGUGUGGCUGCAGCUGCAAUUAUAGUGCUAGCCACUGUGAACUGCCUUAAUGUUCGCUUUUCAAUGUCAGUCCAGGUGUUUUUUAUGGUGACCAAGGUUCUGACCCUGGCAGUCAUUAUAAUAGGAGGCAUGGUGGAUGGCUCUCUCAACGGCUCUCAAACAAUGGAGAGUGACAAAGAGAGACUCAAUCUGAAGAGGGAAGUGGGGAUUAUAGGAGCCGUGUCAUUCAUUGCUGGCACCAUGAUGGGAUCCGGGAUCUUCAUAUCACCCCAGUAUGUGUUAUCGACUAUUGGAAGCCCCGGGGCCAGCCUUAUUAUAUGGGCUUGUUGUGGGUUGAUAGCCAUGCUGGGGGGACUCUGCUAUGCUGAACUGGGCACAGUCAUUCCAGAGUCUGGAGGAGAGUAUGUCUACAUUCUGCGCACAGCAGGGAAAGUGGUGGCCUUCAUGUUUGUCUUCAGCUUCAUUAUUGUCAUGAGGCCUGCUAGUGCUACGGGAAUUGCUCUGAGCUUUGCUGAAUAUGCCGUGGCCCCCUUUUACAACAGCUGCACUCCUCCACAACUGGUGGUGAAGACCGUGGCUGCAGCAGCUAUCGUGGUGCUGGCCAUAGUUAACUGUCUGAGCGCCCGCUUGGCCACUUCCAUCCAGGUGGUUUCCAUGGUAGUCAAAUUACUGGCACUGGCAGUGAUCAUACUGGGAGGUGUUGUGAUGCUUAUCCAGGGACAUACUGAGGACUCUGAUUACUCUUUUGAGGGAACACAUGCUGGUGUCAGCUCCAUCGGCAUUGCUUUCUAUCAGGGCUUGUGGUCCUAUGAUGGCUGGAACACUUUGAAUUAUCUAACUGAAGAGCUGAAACAUCCAGAACAUCUUCAUCCUACACUCUCUGUGACCAUGGCAGACAAAGAACCUGAAGCCCUGAAAAUGAAGCGGGAAAUUGGGUUGAUUGGCGGUGUAGCACUAGUUUCCGGAACUAUGAUCGGAUCCGGUAUAUUCAUGUCCCCACAGUUUGUACUGGCCUACGCUGGAAGCCCUGGAGCAAGUCUGGUGAUCUGGGCUCUCUCAGGAGUUGUAUCUAUGUUUGCAGCGUUGUCCUAUACCGAGCUUGGGACAGUCAUUUGUGAAUCUGGUGGAGAUUUCAUCUACAUACUGAGGAUCUAUGGUUCAUGUCCUGCUUUCUUUGCAGCAGUCACCUUUAUCCUGGUUGUCAAGCCAUUUGGCAUAGCAGCAAUGGCAAUUAGCAUCGCAGAGUAUGUUAUAGCACCCUUUUACACUGACUGCCAUCCUCCUCAACUGGUAGUGAAGUGUGCUGCAGCUGUGGCUAUACUGGUUGUUGCCACAGUUAAUAUCUUAAAUGUCCGGAUUGCCAUUAGAAUCCAAGUGGUCUUCUUGGUGGCCAAGGUGCUGACGUUGACAUUAAUCAUAAUUGGGGGGAUAGUGGAGCUCACACAUAGCACCAGUGUCAUUGUGGAAAAUCUGAAAGUCGAGAAUGCAUUUAAAGGCACUCAGUACUCUUUGAGCACUCUAGGAAUGUCUUUUUAUCAAGGACUCUGGUCUUACGCUGGCUGGUACAACUUGAACUAUGUCACUGAGGAGCUGAAAAGACCAGAGGUGAAUCUUCCUAGGGCGGUUGUGAUAGCCAUUUCUCUGGUGACUGGCUUAUAUGUGCUGGUGAAUGUGAGCUACCUGACAGUAAUGACGCCUAAAGAGCUCAUGUCCUCCAGCGCAGUAGCAGUAACCUGGGGGAAUAAGGUGUUAGGAAGCUGGGGCUGGAUCAUGUCUGUGGCUGCGGCAUUGUCUGCUUUUGGUUCACUGAACGGGACAUUCUUCAGUGGUGGCCGUGUAUGUUUUGUUGCUGCCAGGGAAGGACACAUGCCAGAUAUUCUGGCCAUGGCUCACAUCCACAGACUGACUCCAUCUCCAGCCUUGAUCUUCACCACUGUUGUGUCUCUGGUGGUGCUUAUCCCUGGAGACUUCCAGAGUAUUGUCAACUUCUUCAGUUUCACUGCCUGGUUUUUCUAUGCCAUCACCUUGUCUGGACUUCUCUAUCUCAAGAUUAAGAAGCCAGAGCUGCCAAGGCCGUACAGGGUUCCCAUUAUACUCCCCAUACUGGUCCUCAUUGCAGCAGUAUUUCUUGUUCUGGCACCCAUCAUAGAUGAUCCUCAGAUUGAAUACCUCUAUGUGACUUUAUUUAUCCUCAGUGGAGCUAUAGUCUACAUACCAUUCAUCCAUUACAAGCUCUGCCCAGGACUGUUAACCAAGUUAACAGUGUUCCUGCAGCUAUUCUUAGAGGUCGCCCCAGCAGAGAAGAACCUGUGAUUUGGGCAGAAAAAUCCAGAAAAAUUA